AACUUGAACAGUGAAUAAACUUCAGAUACAUGAAUAAAAGUCAGUGUAUGAUAUUUAUAUUCUUGCUGUUGAAAAUAUCAUAAACUAAAAGAAGAUUAUUCUCUCCGUGAAAACAUCAUGCCGUUGGUUCUUGAGAGCCCCAAAACCUGUAAGGAGUUUGAGAGCAGAGUGGGUCAAAAUUGGGCUCGUGAAAUAAUUGUGGAUUAUUAUACAAGGACUGAGGAAGGAUGGGUGCUGGGACUUAUGGUUAAAAUGCUGUCAGUUAUGGCAAAGGAAAACCCGACACCAGGAGGUCUGAGCAGAUCUUAUUGUUUAGAGGUCUUCUACAAAAUUGGAGAAAAAAUGUCCCAGGAGCACUGGUUUGUUAAAAUCCCUAAGAGUUUACAAACAGUUGGAAUGGAUGAAAGAGAGCUAGUUAUGUACAAUACAAUCUUCCCCAGACUUCAGUUAUAUUUGAGUGAAACUCUGGACGAGGAAAUCAAAGUUGAUUUACCAAUUCCGAUCAUUUACUUUUCAAGUUUUCUCGGAGACGGUGUUCACGACUGCUUAGUAACAGAAAAUCUUUGUGCAAGCCGAUAUUUCCAGGUUGACCGUGAUACAACAAAGUUGGCGUAUAUGCGAGCAGCAAUGGCAUCUCUGGCAAAUGUUCAUGGUAUCACAUUCUCCUUCAUGAAGAGUUUAGGAGGAAAAUCAGCUUUGCUGAAGGAAUUCCCCACAAUUCGUGAACAGGUUUUACCAAAGGAUAAGAAGGUUAAAAGACAAGUUCAAAACUGUGUUCUUCCAUAUUUGAUAUACUUGGCUAAAAUAAAACCAGAUAUUUCUCAACAGAUUCAGGUUUUGUCUAAAUUUCACAAAUUCCUGUAUAAAGUAUACGCGGAGCUCCAGGUAGAGUAAACAACUUAGAAAUUGAAAAUAAAUAAAGAAAAUGU